AUGCUGCUCCUCCUGCACCUGCUGCCCGCCGUGCUGCCCCCCGCCGCCCUGGCCAGCUGCAGCGGGGCUGGUGCCGAGCGGCAGCUCGUCCUGGCCAAGGUGCGGGCACGGGUGCUGGAGCACCUGAGCCCCCCCGUCCUGCAGGAGGAGCCCCAGAAGGAGGCGAGGAGGGUGCACCGCAGAGACGUCCUGGAAAGCGCCGACGUGCAGCCCGAGGAGCCGGAGGACACGUCGCAGGUGAUCCUCUUCCCUUCCACAGACGUGCCGUGCGAGCCCACGCAGCCGGACAAGCUGCUGGAAGAAGAAGGGAUCUUCACCUACCUUUUCCAGCCCUCGGCACACGCCCUGAGCCGCACGGUGACGUCCGCCCAGCUCUGGUUUUACACCGGCCCCUCGGCCGCCCCCAACCACUCUGCCCCCGACGUGCUGACCCUCUCCCCGCAGGGCCGGGUGCCGGUGGCGGCCACGGUGUCCCGGACGCCCGAGCACUGGACGGUGUUUGACUUCGCCCCCGCCGCGCUGCCCCACCUGGUGCAGCCGCUCUUCGUGAUCCUGGUGCGCUGCCCCGGCUGCCCCUGCCUGGCCGACGGGGACAAGAUGCCCUUCCUGGUGGCCACCACGCGUGCCAAGGGCGGCGAGAGGGCUCGCCGCUCCGCCGUGCCCUGGUCCCCGGCCGCCCUCAGCCUGCUGCAGCGCCCGUCCGAGGACGUGGCCGCCCACACCAACUGCCGCCGGGCGUCCCUCAACAUCUCCUUUGAGGAGCUGGGCUGGGACAAGUGGAUCGUGCACCCCAGCAGCUUCGUUUUCCACUACUGCCACGGGAGCUGCGCCGAGGGCCACGGGCUGAGCCACCGGCUGGGCGUGCAGCUCUGCUGCGCCGCGCUGCCCGGCACCAUGCGCUCGCUGCGCGUCCGCACCACCUCCGACGGCGGCUACUCCUUCAAGUACGAGACGGUGCCCAACAUCCUGGCCCAGGACUGCACCUGCGUCUAG